ACAGGAGCGUCUCAACACUUAAAGUAUCCGUGUUCGCGCACUCACAAUCAAUCGAAACGCAAUAUUUGAGGAGGGACGUCAGUGGUGGAUUGGUGUGGUUGGAGAAAAGGUGUCAGGUAGCCAUGCCUCUCCUAUGCCCUUGCUCAGGGGAGAACAAAAAGGAAGUCAUGAGAGACAAGGUGCAUCAAGGCAGGGAGGAAAUAAUAAGAACUAAACGGAGGCGACGUGGGCGGAGAAGAACCAUGCUAUCCUAUACACUCGCCAUAAAUGUGGUCUUGAGCAUGGUGGUGUUUGGCCUCAUGCUCGGCGGUUCAGCCUUCGUCAUCCCCCGUUGCUCGAUUCGAGUUCGGCCGAGAAUCGUCAGCGCAAUGACAAUGACGAUGGCCGAAAAUAGAGCGCGGAUUAGCAAGCAAAAUUGCGCAUUUCGAGAACAUGACGUAGGUUAUGAGGAAAGAAAAGGAAAGCGAAGCAUCACGCAGCCUGCCAGACUGUCAUCGGACACAUCACACACACCGGAUAUAGCUAUCACCAUUGUGCACCAUCUCCGAAGCUAUCUUCCUAAGGUGGCCUUGUUGAUAUUGAGUGGAGGCUGGAUGGGCGUCAGUGGAGGAGGAAUUCUCAACGGUCCAGGACCAUUAUACCCGGCUCGCGCAGAAAAUGAGCUAGCACAGUAUGCGAAAGAGGGGAAUAAGGUCGGUGUCGACCCAAAAUGUUUUGUACAAAAGUGCUCCUUGCCCACGCAUGACUGUUUGAACAAUCCCGAUUGCCUGAAGGGCCUUUCCUGUCUGUCCAAGUGCAAGGGCGAGGGGACGUGCUCGACGGCCUGUUUUGCCAAAUACGGCAACCGCGUGCUGGACGACUUUCUGCACUGCGCGGUGGAGCAGCAGGACUGCGUACACGUGCCACGGGAUCGCUCUCGAGCCACCUGGACGGACCCCGACGCUGUGGGCCUGGAUAAGCGGAGCUCGCCCACCUUCGAGAUCCGGUCUCUUAACGGCCGGUGGUACAAGGUCAUGGGGAUGGACGCGCGCUACGACUGCUUCGACUGCCAGGUGAACCACUUCACGCCCAAGCCAGGGGCGCCGAACAUCAUGCUUGCCGAUGUCUCCUUCCGCAUGCCCCGCCCCCGCGCUCCCGGCUUCUGGGAGAACCACGUGACAGAGGAGAUGCUGGGGGACGGGCCCGGCGCCCGGCGAUCCAUGCACUCGGUCGGCCGCAUGUUUGGCCUCACAUUUUGGGAGAAUUGGUACGUGAUCGGAGAGAAUUCGCCGGAGGACGUGGGGCUGCCGGACUACAAGUUCGUUUUCUACACGGGCCACACCCUCCAAGGGAAUUAUGAGGGUGCCUUCGUCUACGCCCGCACGCCCGAGCUUCCCCCGGAGCUAAUGCCGGCUGUCUCUCAAGUGGCGCGUGCCAACGGUCUCGACCCCUCCAAAUUCUGCAAAAUCCGCAACACGUGCUUCAGGCCAGACAGCUCUUCCUUCGUUGCUGCCUCAUCCGUCAGGGAGUCGGCCGGAACAGCCCAUAAGCCUGGGGCGCCACCCUCCUCUUGGGCUGGGGUCAAAAGUUGGAUCACGGCCCGCGCCCUCUGGUUGCCGGAGCAGAUCUCCCAGCUGGUGACCGCCAUGAAUCAGGAGCUGGGCGACUGGUUCGAGGACCCCACCACUACCAGCGACUGGCUCAUCAAGCAGCAGGAGCGAAUGGUCAUGGUCACGGACGAGGCUCCCACAGGCAGGGUCCAAGUCAUUGCCAGUCGGCCAGGGAGUGCCGCUGGCGAUACGGAUGGCAGCGCCAAGACAGCUGGUCCUGCGCCUCCUGUGAACGCCGCAACGAUCACUGCGUUCACGGCUCAGAUGGAGAAAGGGCAAAGCAGCAGCACCGAUAGAGGCGGGUUUCUGCCGGCAUUCAUCGACAUUUCGGCCGAGAAAAUACCUCAAUAGUAUUCCGCUGGCUGACCUUAGACUAGACUGGCCAAUUGAUGUGUGGAUUGUCGUGUGGCGCGUGUCCAGUAUCGCUUUGACUGUUUUUUAUAAUUCGUAAACCCUUUUUGACUCCAUUGUCUAUCGAUUAGAGAGAAUCCCCAACAUCCAGCCCGGGACUCCAAAUAACUGAAGAACAACAAUGACCAUUUGUAUGUAGAAGACAACUUAAGAAUUGAAUGCCGCACGACAAGUUUCAUUCCGAAAUUAUGAAAAGCACGCAUCACGACGCCUGUGA